UACCAUCCAUGACUUGCAAAGACCCAGUCUUGCUUUUGUGCUGAAUAAUCAAUCUGUAUUGAGAGUUGCUUAUGAUAGUAGCAUCAUAGAGAUGUUGCAGCUUGAGAAACUGACGACUACUGUUUUGAAAGUCGUAUUAUCGUUGAAUGGUGAGACGCUGCUUGUUAUUACUAAACCAGAUGGCUGUCUAGCAACACUCAUGGCUUGGGACAUUUCAAGUCGUAUGUUUAAACCUGGGCAUAGAGUUUUUGAAGACACUGGUGGGUUCAAUGAAUAUAAUCUUGUAGCUGUAAGAGAAGGUGUUUUGUUGCAAACCAGUCGUGACACCCUUGAGCUGUGGAAUUUUGAGUUGUCUGAGUGCAUCCGACGUUGGACUGAUUUAGAGUACAUCAAUAAAGUAAUCCCCAUAUCAGAAGAACGAGUGGCCUGUGAAGUACUGAGUUUAGUAGAGCGUGAAGUAGAGAGGAAAGUCAUCAUUGUAGAUACAACCAGGGAAGGCAUUGUGUCAACAAUUACUAUUCGUGGGUUCUUUAUUGCAUGCAACAGUAAAUGUCACGUGAUAAGCAUCGAUCGUCAGGAAUUGCAGAUGCAACGUGGUGAUGUUGUUUUGUGGAAGAUGUCUGGACCUUUUGGACCCUUUUCCCGUCCUCGAUGCGUGACAUUUUCUCCUACUGAACAGUAUUGCGUAUUGGCUAAUUUCGAAGUCCUUGACGUCCUCGAUGUAGUUUUGGGAGCAAGACUCCGCACAAUGAAACCACGUUAUCAUGAGCACUGGUGUCCUAACACCCUUGAAUGCAAGUUCGUCAGUGACGAGGAGUACGUUACCUGCCUCAGUGAUGUAUUAACAGGUCAUUUUUUUCAGCUGUUUAAUGUCAAGUCUGGUGACCUGCUCAGUGAGAUUGCUUUGGAAAGCGAAGUAUACAGUUUAACAGCUUGUCCUCGUGAACGUCUUAUCGCCACUGGCUUAAAGGAUUCCAGCCUGAAUUUCAAAGUUCUUCGUGUGAAGUUGCCGGGAGAUGAACACAGCCGGAAGAGCAAAAGGUCAGGUUUUAUUAAUAAGGAACAAAGUUACAAUACAGUGACUUCAACCGAGCCACCUGAGAGGUUUUAACCAAUCAGUACGAUUUUCCAACAAAAGAAUUAAAAUUGAUCUCACCGAUCAUGUUCGAGUAGCGCGAUUGCUGAGCCCUGGAACGGACGAUUUUUGAUUGGCUGGUAAUUAGGUUCAAAUUUCGUUGGCUUGAACAGCACCACAAGCGAGCGAUAAAAAUAGUUUCAGUUAAACCUAGCGUGGGUUAAAAAAAUGCUUCACGGUCCAGCGACAAAAAAAUGAUAAUUUUGAAGAAAUAAAUUUUAAAUUGACUGAAAAAUCCUGUCCUGUGACGAAAACAAUCUCGAACCUAGCGGAAAACCCUGAAUCUGUGUUCAAUUUUUUUGUGUGUGGCUCAUUUGUCGCGCUGCUCAAAUCAACGACAACAGCGAACAUUGGCAUUGUUCCAACACGAUUGGACCAAUCGCGAACAAACUCAGAUAGGUAUAGUUUAAACUCCUUCUGUGAUUGGCUGAAAACUCUUUGGAAACCCAGUUGAAGUCACUACGCGGUAAAAGCAAGAUGCGGAGUUCAAAUUGUUAAAAACGUUUAUCGAUACUUAAAUAAAUCAGGUAAUCCUGGAUAUCAACACAAAACUUGAGAUAGAAAUGAAAUUAUGAUAAACGUGAAACUCGGUCAGGGGUGAACAAUGAGAUGACUUCGACCAGUUUGUCCCGAGCAUGAAUGGGGAAAAAAUCUAAAGUCCCCGACAGGAUUCGAACCUAUGGACUAUGGACUAUGGUUUUCAUCAGACUUGAGACAACUUCCUCUCAAUGUUGAGUUUGGUGAUUCUUGUGUCCUGUAACUCCUCCUCCCCCAUCCCAGGCCUGUAUGGCUGAAAUAAAUGAAUGGAGAUAUUUCUUUUUGAUGCAGUUACAUAUUUCACUGGUAAAUAACAUGUAUGUGUGGUCUUUCUACACAAUUAGAAUGAUCUGUGUGUAUGAUUAGACUGGCCACCUUAUUGUACAUCAUGUUGUUUAU